UGGAGAGGGGGCUGAGGAACAGAAAGACAAAUGCUCAAAGGGGAGAGAGUAGAGGACCACUUUGCGACCCACAAGGGUUGUUGUUUUUCUCCAUGCACUGUUUGUUUGCACUCCCGUGCGCACAAGGACUGCUAAAGGAUCACACUCAGUUCAGCAAAGGGCUCUCGGGACUUGUCCGGCUCCUUCUUUUUUGGUUUGAGAUCCGCUAGCAGAGAGGGAGAGACUCGGAAUCCUCGAGCUGGAGGCAGUUUGUUGCAAGAACUGAGAUUCACUGCGAUGGAAUGAGACGCUGCAGAAACUCUCCGAAACUUGUGGAGAACUUUUCUUUCGGUGUCUCUUUUACUCCUGUGAGUUCGUAUUUCAGUUUUCAGCGCAAUCAUGUAUGGAUAGCGGGAUAUUCGCGGAAGAAUCCGGCUCAAAUGGAUCAGCGUUGACGGGUUUAUGGAGCCGGGAUUACACCGCGCAGUGCCAGCCUGUUGAACGCCCACACACGGGCCUAUCACGCACCAUCUGCCCCGGAAUAAAUAAGACUCUCCAGUGAAGAUCCAUGGAAGUGCAGUAGAAGUUUCACAUAUGACACUUCUCUGAUAUUUACCUUCCUUGCAGCCAGAACAAUGGCAAGCUCUGGCGCACUGGCACGGAGCGUCUGUAGACCCAUUUGGCCUCUUGUAAUGGUGCUUUUGUUUUUAGGCUACUUUUCCGUGGCCUCACCGUCCCACGGUCGGAGGCUGAUAUGCUGGCAAGCCAUCAUGAACUGCCAAGCCGAGCCCGAGUGCAAUUACGCGUACGAACACUACACGCGCGCAUGCGGCCCCGUGCUGAACGGUGAUAGAAAGAAGUGUCCAAGCCACUGCAUCUCUUCGCUUGUGCAGCUCAAUCUGACCAAAAGCGGGCCGGCUCUGGAGGACUGCAGCUGCGCCCACGAUCCAGUGUGCACGAGCACCAAGCGGGCCAUCGAGCCGUGCCUGCCCAGGACUACCAGCACGGGCUGCACGGAGGCUCGACGCCAGUGCGAGAGGGACCAGCCGUGCAGCUCCGCCAUGCACGAUUAUCUGAACCACUGCGGGAAACUUUUCAGCGGGGCAAUCUGCACCAACGCAUGCCGGAAUGUGAUCGCGAAUAUGCGUAAAAUCCCCAAAGGUCAGCAAUUGGACACUUGCAUGUGUGACGGCACGGAGAGGGCCAUCUGUGAGUUCGUGAAGAGCAGCAUGAAGGUGCUCUGCUUCGACACUCCGGUCAGUGACGAGGGCAGCGGGUCCGAAUACGGCCAGGAUCCAGAUGACGAAGAAGACCCUUUGGAUCAGGACUACGUGGAGGAGCCGGAGAGCGGAGCCCCUCUCCCCGCUAAAGCCCACUGUGUUUUGACCCUGUUGGCAUCCAUUUUGGUUCUAUUGCCCCUCAUUUAGUCCUCGGGUUCAUAAUCUGCCCUGACUAUUGUCCGGAUAAAAGGCUAUCUAAACUUUUGUCACUCAUUGACCUGCUUCUUUUGAGAAAGUUCAGAGCCUCAGAGACUAAAGGAUGGCCGAUUUGAGGCUUUGAAUACAGACUUUUAGACGCUGAAGGAAACAAAUCAGGAUAUUUUCUAUGCAAAUGACACUAGAAAGAUAUUUUUAAAGUGCCUGAGCUGCAGGCUGCUUCUCUUAUCAAACCACAACACUUCACGGCUCUCCACACGCUUUGCUUAUGUGAUAAGCUAAAUUAGAUUGUCUCCUUUUUCUCAGCCACAGACUCUGAUAGUGAAGCUGUCAGGACAGAGACUGUAAAGCCAGCUUGUUUUGGUAACAAUGCAAACUUUAAUCAGUAAAUGCUGUGCACUGCCAUUUUUUUUUUUAAAGAUAUGAACUAUUUUUAUAUGACUCUGUUGCCACCUGGCAUCAGGCUGAUCAGAUUUACAAGUAUUUAAUGCUGGAAUCUCUGAGCUUGUAAAUAGACGAGGAGGACAAAUGAAACAGUAAUUUAUUACAUGCCACCUAGUUACAUCCAAAUGUUCAUCAUGUGAAUAAAAGACUGAAUUCCAGCUUUAAAGGGAACUUAUUUUUGACUGUAUUCUCUUCAAAGAUACUGUGCAUUGUAUAUAUGUGUAUAGCCUAUAUAGAUUUUUUCAGAGAAUCCUCUAUGUUUGAGGCUAAGAGAUGAUUUAUUCACUGUGUAUAGCCUAGAGAAAGAAAUGUCUAAAUCCACUGUAUGAUUGCCUUAAUGAUAUACUUUUAUAGAAGGCAUAAAGGAAACUUGAAGAUAUCA